AUGCCACGUAAGCUACGUAAGAAUAUACGUAAGAGGAAGGGAGCAUUGAAACAUCCAAUAGUAAAACUGACACCACAACAACAGUUGCAACAACAAAUGAUGAAUGACCUCACUAUGUUGCAACAAAUGUCAAGCAACCCUAUGCUUUUAAACCGAGUUAUUGGUGCACAGAGUGGAGGUUUAAGAGCGGCACUUUUAGCGAAAAUGGCAGGCUAUGGUGGAGCUGCAGACGGAACAGCUUAUAACCCUCAAAGUCAAAUGAAUUUGAGUUCACUCAAAAAUCAAAUAACAGAUGUCAAAAAGUCAAACAUAGACAUACAGAAACAAAUAAGUGAAAACGAAAAGAAACUAGAAUAUGACAGACACACAAAGAAACUCAAUGAGUUAAACGUAGAGAAAAAGAAGAAAGAAGAACAACUGAAAGAACUAAGUACAGAGGAAUAUGCGAAAAAAGUGUCAGAAAAAGCAGCAGAAGUAGCAAAAAUGGAACAAGAUGUUAUAAAUUUGAAAACCCAUACUACUCAAUAUAAAGUACUGAAAGAUGAAGAGAUAAAACAAAAAGCCAUGAAGACAUAUAUGGAUAGCGAUGAGUAUAAAAAAGAAGUUGAAGCAAAUGUAAAGGCAGAAAAACUUUUACAGUUGCAAAACCAAACCGUACAGUAUGAAAACUUAGCACAAGAAAGUAAAAAUAACGACGCAGCCAUGCAAAAGGCAAUGAAAAGCGCAGAUAUUAUAA